AUGGCUUUGCUAAGACAGCUAUCUCAUAAGCGUAACCGACCUCCCGUCUUAACCCCGCUACCGAUCGAAGACCUAAAGCCGUAUGAAGGUAUCCACCACCGAGCCGUCGAUCGAGCUAUCACCUACCUCUAUACCACCCGUUUCCUAGCAAUCGAAUAUAAUGCGGAGAAGGCCACUAAGCAGCGGACGGUGACAACCUUAACCACCGAGGUAGAGCUUCUCGGUCUAUCUGAAGCCGGCAAGUAUCUCCAAUGGUGGAGAAGACUGCUUGACCGAGUGGGCUUUGAGGCAUCGCACGUCCUUACCAUCGAAUACGAUAAUGAAAGAGCUAUUGGUCUGAUCACUACCGACGAUGCUAGCUUCGACACGAAGCUUAGGCAUGUCGAUAUUCACUACCUCUAG